AUGUGUCCACCAGGGCCAACCACAACCAGCACAGUACUGCUAUCCAAAUAUGAGGUGAAUCAGGAAUUUUGGGAAGAGGAGCGCACGAAUGAAGAGCCUAGAAGUUCAGGUUACACUCUUCAAGGACCAGCUUUAUUACAGUCAAACCAGUUCACGAACAGUCGAACUUCUGCGGAUGCUGGUGCAUCAAACCAUUCAUGUGUGGGCAUGGAGGUGAGACCUGCGCGCGCGAUACAGAUGAUGGCAACGUGA